GGGGAACAGGGAGGCGGCCCCGCCUCUCGGCGCCCUCCGGGUCUCCCCUAGCGGCGGCUGUGUGCUUAGUCACCGUGAGGCUGCGCUUGCCGGGGGCCUGCGCCCCCCUUUCCCGGGGACCGCCCCCGGGCCGCCCGUCGCCCUCUGCGCGCCACUUCCGCGUGCAUGGCCCUGCUACCCCGAGCUUUAAGUUCCGCCGCGAGGCCGAGCUGGCAACGGGCGGCACGCGCUUCCCGAGGCUUCCCGCUGCCUCCUCCCCCUCCCGCAGCUGCCACGCGCGCCCUCUCCCGCGUCAUGGCCUGCAGGCAGGAGCCGCAGCCGCAGGGCCCGCCGCUCUCCGGCGGCGCCGUGGUCUCCUACGACUACCUGGUGAUCGGGGGCGGCUCGGGCGGGCUGGCCAGCGCGCGCAGGGCGGCAGAGCUGGGCGCCAGGGCCGCCGUGGUGGAGAGCCACAAGCUGGGUGGCACUUGUGUGAAUGUUGGAUGUGUACCCAAAAAGGUAAUGUGGAACACAGCUGUCCACUCUGAAUUCAUGCACGAUCACGGUGAUUAUGGCUUUCCAAGUUGUGAGGGUAAAUUCAAUUGGCGUGUUAUUAAGGAAAAGCGGGAUGCCUACGUGAGCCGCCUGAAUACCAUCUAUCAAAACAAUCUCACAAAGGCCCAUAUAGAAAUCAUCCAUGGCCAUGCAGCAUUCACAAGUGAUCCCAGGCCCACGAUAGAAGUCAGUGGGAGAAAGUACACCGCCCCUCACAUCCUGAUCGCCACAGGUGGUAUGCCCUCCAGCCCUCAUGAGAGCCAGAUCCCUGGUGCCAGCUUAGGAGUAACCAGCGAUGGAUUUUUUGAGCUGGAAGAAUUGCCUAGCCGCAGCGUCAUUGUUGGUGCAGGUUACAUUGCUGUGGAGAUAGCAGGGAUCCUCUCAGCCCUGGGUUCUAAGACGUCACUAAUGAUACGGCAUGAUAAGGUACUUAGAACUUUUGAUUCAGUGAUCAGCACCAACUGCACGGAGGAGCUGGAGAACGCUGGCGUGGAGGUGCUGAAGUUCUCCCAGGUCAAGGAGGUUAAGAAGACUUCAUCCGGCUUGGAAGUCAGCCUGGUUACUGCAGUUCCUGGUAGGCCACCCAUCAUGACCACGAUUUCAGAUGUUGACUGCCUGCUCUGGGCCAUUGGGCGGGACCCAAAUUCCAAGGGCCUGAGUUUAAACAAACUGGGUAUUCAAACCGAUGAGAAGGGUCAUAUCAUAGUAGAUGAAUUCCAGAAUACCAACAUAAAAGGCAUCUAUGCAGUUGGGGAUGUAUGUGGAAAAUCUCUUCUUACUCCAGUUGCAAUAGCUGCUGGCCGGAAACUUGCCCAUCGACUUUUUGAAAACAAGGAAGAUUCCAAAUUAGAUUACAACAACAUCCCAACUGUGGUCUUCAGUCACCCACCUAUUGGGACAGUGGGACUCACGGAAGAUGAGGCCAUUCAUAAAUAUGGAAAAGAAAAUGUGAAGAUCUAUUCAACCAGCUUUACCCCGAUGUAUCACGCAGUUACCAAAAGGAAAACAAAAUGUGUGAUGAAAAUGGUCUGUGCUAACGAGGAAGAAAAGGUGGUUGGGAUCCAUAUGCAGGGACUUGGGUGUGAUGAAAUGCUGCAGGGUUUUGCUGUUGCAGUGAAGAUGGGAGCAACGAAGGCAGACUUUGACAACACAGUCGCCAUUCACCCUACCUCUUCAGAAGAGCUGGUCACACUUCGUUGAGAACCCGGAGACUCGUCUGGCUGGCAGUGGGACCCAUAGAUCUUCUGAAACGAAACAAAUAAUCACAUUAACUUAC